UCAAUAAAGGAGCAUACCGUCAAUUCUUUCUGUGUCCGGUAAUUCUCCCUUGCAGCCGCGCACGGCCUCGGCAGGGUUAUUAUCAUCAGGGUAUUACUACAGGUGACCCAGUAAGAGGUAACCACCUGGUUUAGUUUCGGUUUUGUGCUCGGGGGUUUUCACCGGUUGGUAUGAUGUCCCUGCCCGGCGCUCACUGGCUUCCUCAUCCGCCCGUCCCCUGCUGCCGCCGCCGCUGCGGGGACGUGACUGUGAGCUGUGCUUCCGAGCAGUGAGCGUCGAGGAGCAUGUGGUAAACUUUGGACCGCUUGCGUAGUUGUUUUUGUUUUACGGUUGCGGAAGACUGAAGGGGAGCUGCCGCCGCUGUUUCUCCUGGAAACGAAACUUUAACGGCGCGGAUCGAGCUCACUAUGUUCGACCGUCUGUCACCAAUUUAAGAAGAAAGGAUGGAUGACGAGAGAAGCGACGCAGGCGGAGGAGAGGCGGAGUUGGAGGAUGAGUUUGCGUGCGCCGGGAUGCUGCGGGGGUCUCUGACCUCCCUGCACAGCACGGUGGAGCGGAUAUUCAGUGUGGCGUUCAGCAUCGGGGCGGACGAUUUGCCUCACGGCAGCAACGGCCAAAUAUGGCUGAAACUGCGAGGGCCGAGCGCCAGUGUGAAAGCCGCCAAGUUAUUUGUGAAAGGAGUUGUGAACCAGGAGGAACAGCAGGAGAUUAAGUAUCCUGGGGUGCUUCACUGUGUCUUCUGUGGAGCCAAAGGCCUGUUCAUGGACAGCCUGAUCAAAAGCACCUCAGCACAUAUAGUGGUCGGCUCUCCAGGAUUCCUGCUCAUAUCUGGCCUGGUGGAGCCGGUGGUGCGAGCCUACUCUCUUAUUACAGACCUGGUAGAGAGGUAUGAGGGCACACAGUCCAAGCGCAUGGGGGAUGGAGGCUCAGGUGAGUCCCUGGAUUCACGACGGGCCUUUAAAACUCUGGUGGAGAAGUGGGAAGACAGGCACAUCCUGGAUCUUCUUGUGCUGCCAGGAUCAGUAAAGGAAAUCCUGUUGGACUUGGUGAAAGAAACGGGACUUGGAUCAAGCCCUAGUUCAUCACUGACUGAUGUAAAUACAGAGGCAAGGCCACAUGGGGAUUCAGAGGAUAGGUCUAAAAUACCCAGUGCCCUAAAGCAAACAGUCCCUGAUUCUUCUACCACUACUGAGCGAUGGGCUGAAGGGAUGGCUGCAGGCGCAGGAAAUGACUUUGCAAAUAAAGACUCCUUCCAGGCUUUUUCCAUGUCUGCAGGCACCCGAGGAAGGGCAGAGGGUGCUGAGGAAAGACCCGCGCAUUCACCACAGGAGGUGGGAGAAGAGCACUUGGGCCAAGCAACAGCAUCCGGGAAGGAAAAAGAGCAGGAGUUGCAGCUGUCGAUGGGAAACAAGGAGUUUUGGCUUCUUUUGAAAUUCUUUACCGCCAUGGGAUACACAGAGGAGGUUGUGAAACGAGUGCUUGCCAGAACAGGACCUAAAGAGGCAUCGCAGAUUCUGGACUUAGUUCAACAGGAGCAGGACCGCAGUGACCAAGAGCAGAGGAAUCGGGUUCUCCCAAACCCAAAGAGGGAAGACGCUGUCGACCUGAAUCAGACAGAGAAAAACCGACCCUGUGAAACAGAACACAGAGAAGAUGGGGGAGAAAUAGCAGGAGGCGGUGGAGCCAUACGUAGCGAUGGAGAAACAGAAGAAGGACGAGAGGGGGAAGACGCAACAGGGGAUGCAAGACACAAUCAGGGAAAAGUCAGCAUAGACGUAAUGAAUAAAGAGCAAGAGGAAGACUUUGUGCUGGGGGUGUUGAAGAAAGCGGCAGCCAGCUGUGGGUACCCCGAACAGAACGUAACCAAACUGUACAACUUGUUGCCUGAUGGAUCGACUCACCAGCUGCUCCUGCAGCUGCAGAAAGAGGGAGUCAAAGAGGCAGGAGCCUUCAGAGAAGGACCGAGAGAGAUGGAUGAUGUGGUCUUGGACACUGGCGGGUCAAAACUUCAAAUAAUACCAGAACUUCAGCCUUAUACACCUCCAGAAGAGAGAGAAUUCGAUGGGCGAGAAAAGAUAAGGGUGUCAAGGAUUGAUAGUAGUGUCCCUAUUGAGGGACGAGAUAUUUGGAAUAAUAAACCCCAGCAGUCACCGGUGACCUUGUACACCUCACAGCAAAAGCAACACCAGCCUUCAAAGUCACAAACUCCUCACCACAUCAUCCUACCUGGGGUCAAAGGGCCACCAAUGCCUACUUAUGCCUCAUCCAUGGAUCCUCAGCUCACCAAUUUCCAAUCGCAUAAGCAACAAGGCAACACCAACUACUUGCCUAAUCCAUCUCCCACAAAACAGAAUCAUCAUGCUCAGAACAAUGGCUCAAAGCACUCCUUUAAGCAAGCCCUUCAAGCUCCUCAGCCUUUAUUCCCUGGCACGAAGGACUCGUCUCCCACCAGAGCGAGGGACAAACAGGGUUUCGUGUCUACUCCUUCAGUGGUGGUGACAGGAGAGCAGCGAUUCUUGGAGAGCCUGCAGAUCCCCUUUGAACUCAAGCUGACAGACCAGCCCGGAGACCCAACACUGAGGACGAUCAUAAUUGAUGGGAGUAACGUGGCUAUGAGUCACGGACUGGGUCAUUUCUUCUCCUGUCGUGGAAUCGCUCUGGCUGUACAGCACUUCUGGGACCGAGGCCAUCGUCAAAUCAGCGCCCUAAUUCCACAGUGGAGGCAAAAGAGCGACCCCAGGGUCAAAGAGAAGCACUAUCUGACAGAGCUGCAGCAGCUGGGCCUGCUCUCCUACACACCAUCCAGAGAGGUCCAAGGCAAGAGGAUCAGCUCGUAUGAUGACAGAAUGAUACUGCAGCACGCACAGAAGACAGGCGGAGUGAUCGUGACCAACGACAACCUGAGGGACCUCUUGGACGAGUCCCCCGUAUGGAGGGACAUCAUUAAAAAGAGUCUUCUUCAGUACACUUUUGUCGGGGAUCACUUCAUGGUCCCUGAUGACCCUCUUGGAAGAGGAGGGCCUCACCUGGAUGACUUCCUGCGUUCAGAGCAUAGGAGUCCAAAUCCAGGAAAUCACUCUUUUGCUGGCUCGGCCUCAUCUUUCAGUUCCUCCAAACAGCCACGCUCCCAAACAGAGGUCAUCAACUUCCGUGACCGAACACUAGGGGGCGCACUGGACGCUUUGGGAGCAGCCGGCAGGGGUAGAGGGAGGGGGCAAGGAAAGGGAUGGGACAUGGGACAGAAGCAGAAGCAGUAUGGUGCUACAGGUCAUGGCCAGGGGGUCCGGACCGAGAGGAGUCCUGAAGAAACAGCCAGCCUGAGAGAGCAGCUCUGUCAGGUUUUCCCUAAUCAGGACAACAUGGUGACGCUGGUGCUGCAGUGCCACUCGGCAGAGACGGACAUCAACGUGCUGUCUGAUCUGAUUUUGGAGCAGCAAUCAACAAACUAGAAAUCUCUCAGUUUUAGUGUUUCACCAUAGAGUUUUCUCACAGAGUUGUUAUUCAUUUUCUCGUGUGACUAUAGACUCUAUGUAAAAGAUGGAUUUUAGCAACUGUGACAUCAUCCAUUGGUUUGUGGUUUGUUUGUUUUUUUAAUCAGAACCAAUGAAGGUGAAGUGGAUUUAGCUGAGAAAAUUAGAAUAUUGUACACUCAGUUUUGGCCAGUGUUGCCAACUUAGCGACUUUGUCACUAUAUAUAGCGAGUUUUCAGGCCUCCUCAGCAUCUUUUUUUCUAAAAAGCGACUAGCGACAAAUCUGGCGACUUUUGGUGGUGUUAUUAGGAAGACUUAGAACCACUUUUUGACGUGAAAGCACGUAUCACUCUUUCUCUCAACAAGCAGCGGAUGUCGCCAUGGGCACCUCGCCUGUGCCAAAGCGCUCACAGGUGACGGAUUGUUGUCACGCAGCAGUCGCAACCCAGCUGCUGUCAGAGCAGGAGAUGUUGAUCCCCUACGCCUCCAAAACUGCAAAUGAAUGGCGCAUGAGUGACUGACUGUAACACAGUCAGUUCUUCUUUUGCUCAAACUUUUUGCAAAUCACAAAGUUUAAAGCUACUUAAAAACACACACACACAAAGUAAUUCUGCCAGAGUGCCUAUUUCAGGUCACUUUUGCCAGUACCCAGCCCAGACACAGGAGGUGGGUUAGAAUUGUGACAUAAAAAAAACAAUAAUUGCUAAAAGAAAUUUAAUUUGUAGUUC